GGUGAGAGGGGAGGAAGCAGGCGAUCGGCAGAGGUCGCGCCUUUGAAUGCGCGCGACGACGCCGGGAACGUGGUGUUAAACGCGGCGAGCAAGGGGCAAUGCGUGAUGAGGGCUGGAAUUGUGAAGCGAAAGGGGGGGUUCACGAUCGAUAUUACAUACCUUUUUGCUGGUCGAAAAAAACGAAACAAAAAGAAGCUGGCGACGACGAUGUUCGGGAGAGGACGUUUUUUUGGCGGCCAGAAAACUCGAGGAAGGAUAUGUGUGCGUGCAGAGCCUGUGCGCAGGGGUAGAGAGUGGCAGCCUAGGACUUCCGCUGAGCCAGAUGGAAGCGAGUCUAGGUGAGGUGAAGGUGAGGAUGUGGUGAUGUUGAUAUCCUGAGCAGAUGGGCGGCGCGGGGGGGCCAAUUCACGAUGCGAACACCAAGCUAUCUAGCUACCAGUAUAUCAGCACUGUCUCUCCUACGGCCAGGAACAUUUCCAAUCCGGCCACACGCCCUACACACAGCCGCUGACACGAGAACGGGAGGCGUAAACAGUCCAUACACAGUCGUGGCAUGGUUUACUCCUAGAGAUGGCUUCCCCUCCGCCGCCAGCUGGGAUCGGGAAGCACCAGCAGGAGGCAGGCUAGCCAGCAACGCACCAACUCCAGGUGCCCCGCGUGCCGACCUCCUUUCCUCUGGACCGGUGUCCAUCCCUCCCUCCCUCCCUCCCGGUCGUUCGUUGCCCAGCACAACACCAGCAGUGGCGGCGGUUUCCUCCCAUCCCAUGUCUUCCUUCACGAGGGCUCCCCGCGGAAAAUCACACGACAAACAUCCCCGCAAAACACGCUCACCGAGGACUGGGCUGGACUGGGCUAGAUGGACACAGUAAGAUGUGGCGACUAACCUACCUACCGACAGCUAGCUGACCGACAAACAUGAUAUAACAAGAACCGGUGAGACGGUUAGAUGGAUGUCAUGCCGUGGAAUGAAAUGGAGAGAUAGGUAGAUAGAUGUGCGCAAAACAACUAAACUAAACUAAGGACGAGCGAGUCAAGAGGGAUAUCUGCCAUUACCUAGAUAUGAUUUGAAUACAGGAUAAUAU